CGCCGGGCAUCUGUGACUGAGUCUCCCGGUGCUCCUCUGAGGCCGAAUUUUGGCCCCCGGCCUGUCCCGCUCCAGAUGAAGUGUGAGCACUGCACGCGGAAGGAAUGUAGUAAGAAAACAAAAACCGAGGACCAAGAGAAUGCGUCAGUUGAAGUACCGAGUCUGGCCCAGGACAAUGGAGAGGCGGGAGAAUUCCAUAAAUUGGCCGAUGCCAAGAUCUUUCUGAGUGACUGCCUGGCAUGUGACAGCUGUGUGACAGCGGAGGAAGGAGUCCAGGUUUCCCAGCAGAAUGCCAAGGACUUCUUUCGAGUUCUGAACCUUAAUAAGAAAUGUGAUCGCUCACAGCACAAAGUGCUGGUAGUGUCAGUGUGUCCUCAGUCUCUGCCUUAUUUUGCCGCCAAAUUCCACCUCAGCGUGACGGAUGCAUCUAGAAGACUCUGCGGCUUCCUCAAAAGUCUUGGGGUGCACUACGUCUUCGAUACAGCAGUAGCCGCGGACUUCAGCAUCCUGGAGAGCCAGAAGGAGUUCGUGCGCCGGUACCAGCAGCACAGCAAGGAGGAGCCCGCGCUGCCUAUGCUCACCUCCGCCUGUCCCGGCUGGGUCCGAUAUGCCGAACGGGUGCUGGGCCACCCUGUUACUCCACACCUCUGCACCGCCAAGUCUCCCCAGCAGAUCAUGGGCUCCCUGGUGAAGGAUUACUUCGCCAGACGGCAGAACCUGUCUCCAGACAAGAUCUUCCACGUUAUCGUGGCUCCUUGCUAUGAUAAGAAACUGGAGGCCCUUCGAGAAGACUUGCCCACCGCUUCCCAUGGCUCCCGGGGUGCUGACUGCGUGUUAACUUCAGGUGAGGUCGUUCAGAUGAUGGAGCAAAGUGACCACGCAGUGAAAGACGCUGCCGUUGACACUCUGUUCGGAGGCCCGAAGGAGGAAGAGGUGAGACGCCAUGACGGGGCCGGCUCGGACGGGUACCUGGCGCACGUCUUCAGACACGCGGCCAAGCAGCUGUUCGGCGAGGACGUGGGGGAGGUCACCUACCGCACCCUGAGGAACAAAGAUUUCCAGGAGGUCACCCUCGAAAAGAACGGGGAGGUUCUGUUACGCUUCGCUGCGGCGUACGGCUUUCGAAACAUCCAGAACGUGGUUCUGAAACUGAAGAAGGGCAGGUUCCCAUACCACUUCGUGGAGGUGCUCGCCUGCGCUGGGGGCUGUCUGAGUGGCAGAGGCCAAGCCCAGACCGAGGACGGGAGGGCAGACAAGGCGCUGCUGCGGCAGAUGGAAGGCAUCUACGCGGACAUCCCUGUGCGGCCCCCCGAGACCAGCGCCCACGUGCAGGAGCUGUACCAGGAAUGGCUGGACGGGGCCGACUCCCCCAGAGUCCAGGAAGCCCUGCACACCAUGUACCAGGGCGCAGGGCUCCCCGCGGGCAGCCGGGACAUCAAGUGGUAAAGGUCAAGCCGGCUGCCAGGGAGGGAGGCGCGGCUGAGCGCGGGCCCGAGACCCUGCAGGAAAACGGCUCGGCUUCUCGGUUGCUACCUUGGUUUUCAGAAUUCUCUACCCUCUUUGCUGGUGGUUCCCUCUCUGUUUGAUGUGGUGCUAUCUUUGUGACGUGUGCGACUGCAGGGAGUAUUUUGACCUGAGAGAAGGAUUGCCCCAAUUUAAGUAUC